GUUAAUUAAAGUUAACACAAACGAGAGACGUGAAUAGUGCUGUCCUUCGAUAAAUAUACGAGAUAACAAAUCGCACAUUGAAAUUAAUUCAAAAAGCGAAUUUGGGUUAUUUUCUUGCAAAACACUUUAUUUGCAGUUACAAAGGCGAACUCGUCUGCAGUUUCGAAAUCCUUCAUUCCAAACUAUAUCUCACGUGAAGCUGUUAUUGAUGAAAAUCCUGGCUCACUCAAAUCACUCAGAGAGAAAACGUGUGAGCGGCUCCGAAAAAGGACCCUUCUCGGCGUAUAUCCAGGAAUAGUCACCCGUAGGCAUAGCAAACGAGCGAACCGUCGUCAGUUUCCCCGUGAGUGUGCACAAGAGAAGAAGUGAGUGCGGAUACCUGCCACUGUGAGGACGGUGGUCCUUCCUGCUACGGCUGACAGCCAUAAAGCAAGAGAGCAAGGGAUAGUUUGUGUGCGUGUGUAUGUGGUUUUAUCCGUGCAAGGGAAGGUUGUGAAAAAAUCGACAGAUUUUUCUACCCUCCUCCCAAAUGUGUUGAAUACGUGUCGCGAUUUUGUGGUGGAAAGCACUUAAACGCAUUUGUGACGGUGUGAAACGAAACGGAGUAUCCUGCCGCGAGGAUGGCCGACGCGGAUUUCGAGGAAUUUCGCCAGAAUUUGGAUAAAUUACCGACCUACAGCAAGACACCAGUACCCUUCUAUUCUUUGGUAUCCGAUGUGGAUCUGGAUGAGGACACUCCCUCGACCAAGAGCAGCGAUGCAUCAGAUCACGAGGACUUGUUGAGCGAUGCGGAUUCGGUGCUGAAAGCUACCCCAAGCAAAACCCAGCAAAUAAUCCAAACCAUCUCGACCAUCAGUAGCAGUAGCGCGGAGGACGACGAAAUUGGCGAUGGACUGAAGACGAUCACUAAUUUUGGAGCGUUGAAAUCGGAAACCAAAACGGCCCCCGGCGGUGAUUCACAAAAUGGAACCACCGCCCAGGAUUUGCAGCAGGCGCUGUGCAACACAUCGUCAUCGCCUCUGUCUCGGACCAGCUCGUUGCCCUGGAUUGGAGGACAAUCCGAACGACGACGACGUAAGCUGCCGGAGAUUCCGAAGAAUAGAAAAUUUUUCUCAUUGCCAGCAUCGGUGUUACAGUUGAUAUCCAGUGGUCAGACGUCGCUGGCCGACGAGUUGAGUGCUUCUAAGAAAUCCAACUGCAGCAAUGCCCAUCAGAUCUUCAUGAAGCAGAACUCCCUUCUGGCGCUCAAAUGUAGCUAUCUGUUGGAUGAGGAUUCCAGUCCGGAUUCGGAGCGACUGCAGAGUUUGGGCGAUGUGGACAGCGGCCACAGCACCGCGCACUCUCCGAACGAUUUUAAAAGCAUGUCUCCUCCGGCUCCCCAGGCAGCCUCUCCACUCAAUUCCCCCUUCCCGCCUCCAUACGGUGGAGUCCCGUUCAGCCAGCUCGAGAUGCUUGAGUCGACUCAUCGCGGACUGCACAAGUUCGUUCCACGGCAUCACGACGAGAUAGAUAUUGAAAUCGGCGAUCCGAUCUACGUACAGAAGGAAGCGGAAGAUCUGUGGUGUGAGGGAGUUAAUCUACGCACCGGCAGGCAAGGCAUCUUCCCGUCGGCCUAUGCCGUUGAUUUGGACUACAACGAUUUCGACCCGUCGACAGUGGAGAUGAAGCGAGAGCGAUAUCUGCUCGGGUAUCUUGGCUCGGUGGAAACGUUGGCUCACAAGGGAACCGCUGUGGUUUGCCAGGCGGUUCGCAAGAUCGUUGGCGACGGAAGCGAAUCGCCGAAAGCACAAGCCUGUAUACUGGAAAUCUCGGACCAGGGUCUGCGAAUGGUCGACCGUUCAAGGAGCAAGAAGGACAAACGGCCAUGCAUCGACUAUUUCUACUCGCUGAAGAAUGUAUCCUUCUGCGCGUUCCACCCACGUGAUCAUCGCUACAUUGGCUUCAUCACGAAGCAUCCGACGGUACAACGAUUCGCUUGUCACGUAUUCCAAGGCACGGAAUCUACACGACCCGUUGCCGAGGCCGUUGGGCGAGCAUUCCAGCGGUUCUAUCAGAAGUUCAUAGAAACAGCAUAUCCGAUCGAGGACAUCUACAUUGAGUAAGGCGGAGAGCAGCGUUUAUCCUGUAAGGGAGACAGCAGAUAGUCAACAGAAAUAUUUCACCAAAGAAUAAUGUUAUCUCACAUCCAUGGAAGAAGAAUACUUGUUGGCUUAUGUAACUUCCUCCUCAAGACUGUUUCGCGAGAGGAGGAAAACUAGCGAUAAGGACAACAGCUCAUUUUUAGUGUCUCAAAACUCACCCUUAACGGUUAAGUUAUUACAUUUGGUUUGAUGCUGCCCUGGAAAAAAGUAUUACAAUAAGAAAGCGCUCAUUUCAAUUUAUAACACGAAGGGCUAUACACACGACUGCAAACAUUUUUCAGUUCAUCAUUUUUCCUCACACUCUGAGCUAACAAUAUAUUACUACAAACAGGCAAUAUAUGCAUAUAUUACGUAGCUGAAUGUAAGUCGUUGCUGUACAUAAUAGACUAAAUUUGUAAAACAGAAGCAGAUAUUAUAUUUUUACGAUGCGAGAGAGAGACUGCAGAUCAGGAACAGGAAGGAAGACACAGAACUGUUGCCUAUCGUUUUCAAUCCUCAUCAUUCCCAACACCCCAAACCGUUCGAAUGUACUCAUUAGUUGUUCAAAUGUGCAAUCCUUUCACUGAGCGAUUAUUCUUGGUUAUACCGUAAGGUUCGGUUUGAAUGCUCACUGGUAUUUUUUCCCUUGAUAGAAGGCAUGUUAAUGAGUUGCUAAAUGAAUGUGAAUACCAAAUGGAGUUGGAAGGGAAGCGCGGUUGUCGUUAGAGGAACGCUUCGUAAGAACGAGUGCGCAUCCAUAGUAAAACCAUAAAUAUUUCAUAAUACCAAAAGAGAAACAUGCUAUUGUCAUAUAAUCUAAAAGUAAUUUGAGAGCAGUCUGGAAAUAACAUAUUAAACUUGAAACAAUGUAUAAUAAAACCAGUUAGAUAAGAACACCGUGAAAACGGCUUACCGAGCAAGCAAGAAUGGGAAUGGUGUUUCAUCGAGGAACCAUUGGGAUGAGCUCCAAUGAAUCGAGCAUUGGUAUGAGAGGUAACAGUUAUUAAGCAAGAUCAUUUCAAAUAGCAUUCCGAAUAGCAAACAAAAAAAAACAAAUUUCCAGCUAAAGUAUACAUUCUCUCUCAUACACACAUCCACAAGCAGUUAAAUUUAAAACAACAAUAAGUAAUACAUUCAACUUACAAAUCUUUGAAAAACACAAAUCUAGUUCUUUUUUCGAACAGUAAAAGUAUCAUGCUACAAAUAACAUGUAAAACUUGAAAUCAGAGAAAAAGAAACAAAACUCAUCUUUGCAAAGCAAACAGCAGGACACGUGAAUGCAAUAACAAGCGAACCCAUGAGGAACAAAAAAAAAACAAGAAAGCAACAUUUAGUGAUGAAGAUGAUGAUUAAUAAAUCUGCAUUUGAGAAUUACGUUUA